UAGAAAUCAACAAAACGAACACGUGUUAUAUUAAGAGGAAGUUCCCGUGGUUGUUUAUACUGAUUAUUGUGAACAUAUUAAUAGGAUAUAUGGGUAUGGUACAUCUGUAUAUAUGUAAAUAGAUUUACAGAACUUCAUAGAUCACAAUGUUUGGAACUGGCUUGAUGGUCUUGACAGCUCCAUCGUUAAGACUUUUAUCUCGAGUUCCAAGCUAUUUGAAAGUUGCAAGUGAACUCGUUUCUAAAACAUUGUAUAUCAAGUUAGAGCCAGGAAAAAAUCAGUUGUGGCCUCUCAACCAUAGCUUUUGUAAUUUGGGAGAGUUAUCUGCUGUUGGAAAACUUAUUCCUGCAAUUUAUAAACAAGCCUCUCAUUCAUGUGCAAACCUGGAUGUUAGAGUUUUGCAAGGGUUCACCAAAAAAAUUAAAAUACAAGACCAUGGCUUAAUCAAUUCAUUUGAUGUUGUCAUCACUGAUUCACCUAAAGCUGUAGAAGGUUUAAUUGAUUAUGUCAAAUACCAGUACAAUAAAGAAUGUGGUACUGUUCAUGUACUUGAGAACAAAGUAGAAGAAAACCAGAAACAUGCAAGUACAAUAGGGAACCUGAGCUCUGUUGUUGUUGGUGUGGAUACAGAUGUUGACAAACAGAAUUCCUAUAUUAGUUACAGCAGCUGCUGCCAAGUUUAUAAGAAAGUUGUUAUUGGGGGAACAUUUGAUAGACUUCAUAACGGACACAAAGUUUUACUCAGUCAAGCAGCACUUGUUUGUUCAGAUGAAUUAAUAGUUGGAAUAACUGAUGGAGAAAUGAUACAAAAAAAGAAGCUCUGGGAGUUGAUUGAGCCUGUAGAAAAAAGAAUGAGUGACCUACGAAAUUUUCUUCAAGAAAUUGACCCAACAUUAAGCUAUCGAAUUGUUCCAAUUUAUGAUCCAUUUGGACCAUCUACAGAAGAUCCUCUCAUUGAAUGUAUUGUAACUAGUGAAGAGACAUUGCAGGGUGGAAAAAAAGUGAAUGAAGAGAGAAUGACAAAGGGAAUGUCUCCAUUAAAGCUGCAUAUGGUAUCCAUGGUACAUGAUCCUUCUCAUAAUAGUAUUGAAGAAGACAAAGUUAGCUCUUCAUCUAUAAGGAUGAGACUUCUGGGAACUGAGUUGAAUCCACCCACUCCAAAACCUCAUUUACCCUCCAGGCCUUACCUUAUUGGCUUGACAGGAAGCAUAGCAAGUGGAAAGUCUUCCAUUUCCAAACGGUUAGAAAAGCUGGGAGCUGCUGUAAUAAACAGUGAUAAACUUGCCCAUCGUAGCUACGAACAUGGAAGGGAAGCCUACAGGAAUAUAGUUUUUGAGUUUGGUGAAGAGAUCUUAAAUCCAGACAAAAGCAUAAACAGAAAACUUCUUGCUGCAAAAGUGUUUGAAAAUGAGGACAAGAGAAGCAGAUUAAAUGAAAUAGUUUGGCCAGAAGUGGCUAAAUUGAUCGAAGAAGAAAUUCACAAACAUGCUAUCCAAGGAGCAGAAGUAAUUGUCUUGGAAGUAGUAUUAUUAUUUGAAGCUGGAUGGAAGGAUAAAUUUCACCAAGUGUGGGUUACAAUUAUUCCAGAAGAAGAGGCUAUCAGAAGGGUGGAAGAGAGAGACAAGUUACCUAAAGAGCAGAUUAUUCAGAGAAUUCGUUCUCAGAUAUCCAAUAAAGAGAGAGUGGCUGGAUCAAACAUUGUUUUCUCCACAUUGUGGGAGCCUGAAUAUACACAAUUGCAAGUGGAAAAAGCUUGGAAUACUCUUCAAAGGCAUCUUAAGGAACAAAUAUAAAUCAUUUAGGUGAUGGGGUUAAAGAAAAUAAUUUUUAAUUAAUUGAAAACUUAAAAACGUCAGAGCUAUGUAGAAAUUUUAUGUUUCAAUUCAAAUGUAAAACACAUGUAUAUUUUUAAACUGUAACUGUAGAAAAUGAACAAUUGAGAUUGUUGUUUCUGUUUUAAUAACAGUACUAAAAUGUAGUGUAUUUUUGAAAAUUUCAAACUUGCUUUUGUGAACUUUCAGGUGCUUUUAAUUAUCAAAUUGUACUUUUUUUAAAGUGGAUACAAUAUUUUAUUGAUUGACUGUUAUUAUCUCUUUCAUGGUAUAAAGUAUCUACAGUCUAGCAGGUAAUGAGAAUUUAGAAUAUAUAUUUUAGAAGUGAAGUGAAGUUUAGUGAAAAAUAGUAUACAUUAAAAAAUAUUUUUGAUUAUUUUAUUAUUAAUAUAGACAUUGAUUACUCCA